GCUCGUUUGCUACGAGAUUCACAUUUAGUAGCGCGCUAGCUGUGUAAAGAGAGUGUGUUGUCCGAUUUCACAGUUGAAAUUAUUACAAAAAGGAAAACUAAUUUCCCAAAUUUCUAAUUGAUUCAAGUGAUUUUAUAAACUAAUCAACAAGCAAAAUGACUACCUAUUUCAACUACCCACCACAAGCCCUUCAAGAUGAAUUAAAACGCAUCGCAAAUGCCAUUGUUGCACCAGGCAAAGGUAUUUUGGCCGCCGAUGAAUCGGUCGGUACCAUGGGAAAACGUUUAACCGACAUCGGUUGUGAAAAUGCUGACGAAAACCGUCGUGCAUACCGUGAAUUGUUGUUCACCACUGACGAUAAAUUGAACGAAAACAUCUCCGGUGUCAUUCUUUUCCACGAAACAUUGUACCAGAAAGCCGCCGAUGGUACACCAUUCGUUGACUUGUUGAAGAAGAAGGGAAUCAUUCCAGGAAUUAAAGUUGAUACUGGUGUUGUUGACUUGAUGGGUUCAGAAGGAGAAUGCACCACACAAGGUUUGGACAACUUGAACGCUCGCUGUGCACAAUACAAGAAAGACGGUUGCGAUUUCGCCAAAUGGCGUUGCGUUUUGAAAAUCGCCAAGAACACACCAAGCUACCAAGCCAUCAUGGAAAAUGCUAACGUUUUGGCUCGUUAUGCAUCAAUUUGCCAAGCUAACGGCAUCGUUCCAAUUGUUGAACCAGAAAUCUUGCCAGAUGGCGAUCACGAUUUGGAUCGUAGCCAAAAAGUCACCGAAACUGUUUUGGCCGCUGUAUACAAAGCAUUGAACGAUCAUCAUGUUUACUUGGAAGGUACAUUGUUGAAACCAAACAUGGUUACACCAGGUCAAAGCUGCCCGAAACGCUCAACCGCUGCUGAAAUUGGUUUGGCCACCGUCACCGCUUUGCGUCGCACUGUUCCAGCCGCCGUUCCAGGAGUCACAUUUUUGUCAGGUGGACAAUCAGAAGAAGAAGCUUCAGUCAAUUUGAAUGCCAUCAAUCAAGUUCCAUUGUUGAAACCAUGGGCAUUGACCUUCUCGUACGGUCGUGCAUUGCAAGCAUCCGUGCUCCGUGCAUGGGGUGGCAAAAAAGAGAAUGUUGCCGCUGCCCAAUCAGAAUUGCUCAAACGUGCUAAGGCCAACGGUGAUGCUUCAUUGGGAAAAUACGUUGCUGGUAGCGUAUCUGGUGCUAGCGGUGAUAAAGGAUUGUUCGUUGCAAACCACGCUUACUAAACACAUCAAGCAAAAAAUUACCACCUUGAACUACAUUUGUCGUGUUUUUUUUUUGAAGAAAUUUUGUGCGACGUAGCAAAAGAAACCUAUUCUCAUCGAACAACAUCAUCUCAAUUCAAACAAAUAUUAUAUAGAAUUGAUUUUCGAUUCGAUUGCCUCAGACCAUCAUAUUUAGCAUCAUUGUGUUUUAUAUACUAUUAUUUUCUAUCUUUCUUGCUUGGUUCAGUCGUUUUUUUCCUUCUCUCUAUUCUCUCUGAGAGUUGUGUGUGUAUUUGAUUGGCAAUUGAUUUGUUUGGCGUAUGUUCAACAGCUGACGGCAACAAUUUUUCAUUUGGCAAUCGACCAGAUUUUUAUGCAAUAUGAGGAACAGCAUGAUUACUUACCCAACUUUCAGAACAACCAAACAAAAAAAAAAUACUACGAACCAUGUUUUAAUCGAGAUUUUAUUAUUUUAACUAAGUUAGUGUUGUUGCGAUUUGAUUUUUCGAUUUGAAAAACUGUAAUUAACAAUAAUUUCCGAUGAAAAAAAAAAACAAGAAAUCAUAGAUAGUUGUUAUAUAGUUUGAGGCGAAGUUUAUCUUCAUCUAUUUAUCAAUAAAAGUGAAAAUAAAAAUUGCACAAAUCAUU